AUGCAUCGAAGCGCCAACCUCAGCCAGCUCCUUCUUGUUCCAUUGUGCUUCCAGCUGUCACUUUCACCGUCAUGUUUGCUUGACUGCGAGUGGAGUUUCUGUCAUAAGCCACAGGUCACCGUGUUUCCAACCCCCCACGCACCUGGCACUCUAGGCAGGAUGAAUUCCCCGUCUCAUCAUCCACAUCAUUAUCAAAGCACCCAGAACACGCAUGGCCACUCCGACGCCGCAAACUUAAAUAUUCAGUCCACGUAUUAUCAAAACAUCGCAGACAACGUCACGCAUUCGCAUCAAUCAAAUCAUUAUGAUCCCUAUACCUACGGCUAUCCUAGUCCAGAGGAGAUCGGAGCGGAAAUUGGUCAGCCAGUCCCCUUUAGCCAGCAAAGGGGGCCGUCCCCACCAUAUCAGUACGAUUACGAGGUUUUGAGAGACCGAGUCACCAUCAACAACGACGUGCACCGUAUCCUGAACAACCCUGCUCUUAGCGGAGGUGAUGACAAUGGCUCUUCUCACCCUCGAUACAAUACUCAGCAACAUCUACCACAUCUACCGACGAGUGGUAUGGCGAGAUCGCAGUACGAGAAGGAACGGGACAAGCCUUUCCAUGGCAUCGCAGGAGUUCCGCACAAGUCUGACUAUGAUGUUCCGAGCCAGAGACGCAAGAAGAGAUCAACGUGAAUCACAUAAAAGAAGAGCAGAAAGCAUUCAAGCAGCAGCAAGGGACGUAUAUAAACCUAGAGUACUCUUCACAAGUUCCGGUCACUGAACAAGUAUUCAAUAAGAGUGAAGAAUCUUAAUGAGGGCCGAAUUGAGGGCGCUAGAGGAAAAGCUGUGAAUGUGGCGAUGGUGGUACAGCAGCGUGUGAAGGUGCAGACAUAUAGUAAGCGCUCGGAGCGUCCCACAUUGCAUCACACAUACUUGAGCCUUUGACAAGGCUGAGGAUGACAUUUACGGUUUAUUCUCACGGCUUCCUUCUACCGUUUGAAGAUGGUCAAGGCUUUUCACAAUUUAUCUGGACGGAUGGUAUGUUCCUGGGCGAUCAUUGUUUGUUGUUAGUUCUACAAAAUGAU